UAGAUUAUUUCGCAGUCAAGUGCGAAGUUUCAACGAAAGAUGAUCUGUAUUAGAAAGAGAUACUUCAACUGGAAUAGGAUACUACUCCUCCCUUUCGGCUUGUGGCCUGACAAGGAAACAAAAUUCACUCGUUUUCAAGCAAGAUUCUUUUGUUGUUUACUGAUGAGCAGCAUCGCAUUUCAGUUUUCAAGACUCUUCAAUGCAAAAUGUAGCAUUGAUCGUGCUAUCAGACUACUCUCUUCCGCGACACUCUUUCUCAUGCUCGCGAUUAUGUUCAUCUGUUUGUGGGUUAACAUGAAAAAUGUGAAAUAUAUCUUGGAUCAAUUACAACACAUCUACGAUGGGCUAAAGGACAGAAACGAAAUUGAAAUCUAUGAAAAAUACGGAUACUUUGGGAAACGUCUUACGACUAAAGUAAUAGUACUUACUAUGUGCGGUACGUUUUGUAAUUCUAUUAUAAUAUAUUCGCCGUACAUUCUUGACAUCGUCAUGCCGAAAAAUGAGUCUUAUGCAAUUCACAUGAUGGAAAUGGUGACCAAUUACUUCUUUGUAUCAGAAAAGUAUUAUUUUUUAAUCCUUGUGCAUCUAAACGCAGCCUGUACUACAGAAUUGAUCGUACUGGGAGCGACGACAACAAUGAUGAUGGCGAUUUUCAAGCAUGUUUGUGGAAUGUUUGCGAUUGCCAGCUACCGAAUUGAGCAAGCAAUGACGAUCGAAUUGUUACGUGAUCUUAAUACGAAAAAUGAGAUUGUAAUUUACAAGAAGAUAAUCUGUGCUGUAGACUUACAUCGUAAAGCUAUGCAAUUCGCAAAAUGUUUCAUGAAUGAAAUGGAAGGAUCAUUCUUCUUUUUAAUAAUAGCUACUGUGCUUUGCUUGAGUGUCAAUCUUUUUCGAAUAUUUCAAACUGAGUCACUUACGAAGGAAAUGGAAGUUGUAUUGCACUUUUUAGCUGUACUAGGUAUGAUUCUAGGUAUGUACCUAGCUAAUUAUACCGGACAAGAAAUUACAGAUCAUAGUAAUUAUAUAUAUAUAAUCACGUACAAUGUUUCAUGAUACUUAGCACCGAUACAAGUACAGAAACAAGUAUUGUUUCUAUUACAAAGGAGCACCAGAAUUUUUUUCCUGGAUGUUGGUGGAGUAUUUACAGCAUCUUUAGAAUGUUUCUCUACAGUAAAUUAUACAUAAACUGGUGAGUGCAUCAAUAUCUUACUUCACCUUCAUGUACUCCAUGAAGAAAUAACAAUAACAUAGAAAUGCGUGAUAAAAUAGAAGAGCAUUUAGGAUUAGUAAUUAGGAUAGAAUAGAAAGAUAAAGUACAUAUUUUGCCUUAUUUUUUCAUGUUUAAUAUAGAAUGUUGAUUAUAGCGUUAGUACAUACUAUAAUUUACCUGCAUAUAUUAGAGUGGUACUUACUUAUCCUUAGUAACAAAUCUUUUUCGAACUUUUUGAGCUAGUAGUGUAGUGUAGUUUAAAUCUUAAGGUUGGCACUUUAGAACCGACUAAAUGGUGGGAACAUAUUUGAGUUUAAACCGGAGUUAUGAUUAAUUAAAAGUAAAAACAUCGAAUUAAUUGCCGCUCCUAAUACAAUAAAAAAUAUAACAUAGACUUGGUAUUAGGAAUUAGUACUUAAACAUAAUUACGUAGAAAAAGUGAGAAAUAGUUAUAAUAGACUUUUUCACUUUUUAUGCAUGCAUUUAAGAAACAAUGAAACGUCGAUAAUGCAUAAAUAAAAUGAUGAUUCAAACAUUAAAUAUAUUUGAGCAUAGUACUUGUAACAUUAUCUCGUUAGAUCAAUAAAGAAACAUGAAACGUUAUAAUAA